UCCGGAAGACACGGGGCUGGACCGUGGCUACGGCUAGAGCCGGGGGUCGGGAUGCAGCGCCCUGGGCCCUUCAGCUCCCUCUACGGGCGGGUCCUAGCCCCACUGCCCGGGCGGGCUGGGGGCGCGGCCUCCGGAGGAGGCGGGAGCAGUUGGGGAGUCCCCGGCUCCCACGUGCAGCCGCCAAGGUGCGAGCAGUCAGGGGUUCGCGGCGGCGCUAGUGGAACGAACACUAACGGCGGGGAAGCCAGCGGCGUCUUGCCGGGCGCCUCAACGAUGUCCAAGGCCGAGGAGGCCAAGAAGCUUGCCGGCCGCGCGGCGGUGGAGAAUCACGUGGAGAAUAAUCAAGUGCUGGGAAUUGGAAGUGGUUCUACAAUUGUCCAUGCUGUGCAGCGAAUAGCCGAAAGAGUGAAACAAGAAAACCUGAACCUAGUCUGUAUUCCCACGUCCUUCCAGGCCCGUCAGCUUAUCCUACAGUACGGCUUAACUCUCAGCGACCUGGACCGUCACCCUGAGAUUGACCUUGCCAUCGAUGGUGCUGACGAAGUAGAUGCUGACCUCAAUCUCAUCAAGGGUGGUGGAGGUUGCCUGACUCAGGAGAAGAUUGUGGCAGGCUAUGCUAGUCGCUUCAUCGUGAUUGCUGAUUUCAGGAAAGAUUCAAAAAACCUUGGGGAUCAGUGGCACAAGGGAAUUCCCAUUGAGGUCAUCCCUAUGGCUUAUGUCCCAGUGAGCCGAGCAGUGAUUCAGAAGUUUGGAGGUGUGGUUGAACUUCGCAUGGCUGUCAACAAGGCAGGUCCUGUGGUGACAGAUAAUGGGAACUUUAUCCUGGACUGGAAGUUUGACCGGGUGCACAAAUGGAGUGAAGUUAACACAGCUAUCAAAAUGAUCCCAGGUGUGGUAGACACCGGCCUCUUCAUCAAUAUGGCUGAGAGAGUCUAUUUCGGAAUGCAGGAUGGCUCAGUGAACAUGAAGGAGAAGCCUUUCUCUUGACCCUGCUAGGAGUGGAGUGCACUUAACUGGAGUCUGCAGCCGACAGCCAAGUGGAUAUGUCUCUCCAGGAGCCUUUGCCUUAAUGUCUCUGUGCCAGGUGGAUAGCGGCGGGGUGGGGACCGGGUAGUUAAAUCCAGUCUUCUCAAGUAUUGUUAUUAAAUGUCUUUUUUUAAAAAGGAAUAUAAACAUAUAUUUUUACUAUUAAAAAUACUCAGUUUUUAAAAUAAAGUGGAAAUUUCAUGUUUUAUAUAAAACAUUUACCAAAAAAAAAAAAAGGGAAUUGUCUUUUAAACUUGAGCCUGCUGGCUAAGCUUCUGAAUAUUGAGUUUGCUGAAUAAUGUAAAUCAAAACUUCUUUAAACUGGUAAAAUGAAGGGCCCAGCCAGCAGUGAUUCCCUGAUGCCUUACUAGAAACAUUGGAGUUUACUUUUCUAUCACAUUCUUUUUUGGUUUUUAGUUUUUUUGUUGUGAUCAUGCAUGGUACCUUGUUACAUAUUUUAAUGUGAGGUUUACAAAAGUCUGGUGAGCGUAGCAUUGUCGUGUGUAGUGAUUGUAAACUAUCAGGGAGAAAUUGUGGUGGUUCUUUUGUUAAGAUCAGAGGGUUCAUUCAGACCCCUGCUGUUGGAAGCAAUUGGACAGAAAUCCUUGCUAGUACUGCUAUGGAAUGUGAAACACAUUUACAUGUUUGUAUUUUUGUUAACAUUUUAUCUGUUCCUAUGUUAUUACUUGUAUGUUUCAGCAUCAGAACUUCUCACCUCUUUAUAUUGUUUGAGGGUUGGAAUAAAGCAGUAUGGUGCCAUUCUUA